GAACAGUAUUUCUUGGACUGCCUUGGUAGCUCGUAUUGUUGCCUCAUUGACAGUUAUGAAUUAAAUGUUAUCAAUGGAAGAUCCGGAGUGAUAGGGAGUUAUACGUACGUUAUUUAAAACGUCAAAACUAAACAACUGAUGAGUGUAAAUCUUAAAAUAAUUGCGUGAUAAGAUGCAUAGUUCAUAUAACAUUUAGAGGAUUUUUGUGACAUACGCAUUUACAACUUUCUGUUUCCCAUUCAGAGUACUUUCGUGCUGAGUAAACUAUAGUUCUGAGUGUCAGUUGAAAAAUCUUUAAUACCUAUACAAAAAUCGUCAAAGAAAAAUGCAUUCAGAUGAGAUAAUAAGUGCUCUAGCAAUAGAUAUCAACUUUCAAAAAGUCAGUUGCUCCCUCAAACAAGGUUUUAGAGGUCCAAAAAAAUGCAUCCUCAAAGAAGUCAGCGGUUCCUUCAAGUCUGGAGAAUUGACAGCCAUAAUGGGACCAUCGGGAGCCGGGAAAACAACUUUGCUAAACAUUUUAACAGGCUUUCAAAAAGACUUUACUGGUAAGGUAGCUUAUCAGAGCGAAAGGAGCGAGUUAAGUUGGAAAACAUUCAAGAAGUACUCCCGCUAUAUUCAACAAGAUGACGCUCUCUUCCCCUUCUUCACAGUUCAGGAAACAAUCUCAAUAGCAGCAGAGCUGAAACUAGGGAAGAAUUUAAGUCGCGGUACUAAAGAAAAAGUAAUAGAUGAUGUAUUAAGUUCUCUAGAUUUGAUCAGAACGAAGGAUACGCGAUGUGCAAUGUUAAGUGGCGGUGAAAGGAAAAGACUAAGCAUUGCUCUGGAGAUGGUAAAUAAUCCUCUAGUUAUGUUUCUUGAUGAACCAACCACAGGAUUGGAUUCUACAGCAGCAAUGCAAUGUGCAACUGUUAUGAAAAAUCUAGCAAGAAAUUGUAGAACUAUAAUCUGCACUAUUCACCAGCCCAGCUCUCCUAUUUUUGAAAUGUUUGAUCAAGUUUAUUUAGUUGCAGAAGGUCGUUGUGUCUACCACGGAGAUCCUAUAAACAUAGUUACUUAUUUGAGUAGAGUUGGACUUACUUGUCCGAAAUAUCACAAUCCAGCAGACUAUGUGAUGGAGGUGAUGUGCAAUGAGUAUGGGAAUUUUAACAAAAGGUUAGCUGAUGUACACAGCGAUUCCUGGAGGAAGAUGACUAAGAAGCUUGAGGUGGAGAAAUAUGAAAAACAGGAAAUUACAGCUACAAUGAAUUCUCCUUCAGAAUUUAAUAAUGCGCGAGUUCUUUUGAAUCGAUGUCUGUUACGAACUUACAAAGACUGGCAGACUACUAUCGUGAAACUUAUAAUUUAUAUUGGAUUAGGAUUGCUUAUGGGAAUGACAUAUUAUGAUUGUGGGUUCAAUGCCAAUAAGUUUCAAACUAAUCUGGGUAUGCUUGUUUUAUUAGGAAUAAUUGUAUUUUAUUGCAGCUUACUGCCAGCUGUAUUGAAAUUUCCCUUUGAACUCUUAAUACUCAGAAAAGAACACUUGAAUGACUGGUACAAAAUUAGGACUCACUAUGUAACUUUUAUUGUGACUGGUCUCAUUCUUCAAUCAUUCUUUGUCAUUAUAUUCACAACCAUAGUUUAUUUAUUGAGCAGUCAGCCACUGGAGUUUCAGAGGUACGUCAUGUUUGAAACUAUGAUGAUCCUGUUCAGCUUCAUAGGAGAAGGUAUUGGUCUUAUGCUAGGAAUUUAUUUUGAGCCAGUUGCUGGAAUUUUUGGAUGUAUUGUAGUUGGCGUGUCACAGGUAUCUUUUUGUGGGUACUUUAUAUAUUAUAAUCACAUGUCUCGAUAUGUGUCUUACUUCAGUAACAUUAUGUUCACAAGGUAUGUUACUGAAGGGAUACUUCAUGCAAUUUAUGGAUACAAACGUGAAAAGCUUUACUGUCCAUCAAAUACCGUAUAUUGUCAUUUUCGAACUCCGCAGACAUUUCUUACCGAAGUGCAGCUUAAACAUGAUAAUUUUACUAUGGACGUACUGAUAUUGAUAUUUCACUCAAUUGUACUUUUUAUACUUGCGUAUUAUUUAUUGAAGAAAAAGGUAUCGUCAGUUUAAUUUUAAUGAGAUACAAAUUUUGAUAAGAUUCAGGGACAAUUAGCACAGUUGGAUUUAUAAAUAUCUUUAGAUUAAGAUUUUAGAAUCUGCAAGUGCUAAUUACUUGAUUAUUAAUCCAUAUAAAAAACUUAGUUUGUAAAUCAUCAUUCGCAAACAUUCUUGCAAUAAUGUUUUCGGAAUGUAAAGUAAAAUCCAUUAGGAUUUAUUAAUAUUUUAAUAUUCAUGAAUUCGAAAUUAAGUCACAAAACAUUAUCAACCACAGCGUCCAUGGGAAGUUCCAGCCCCCCUUAAUUAAACAAUUUUGUUAAUUUACAAUAAAGCUAGUGCUAAGUAUGGAAGUUCUCACUUGAUGUAUAGCGUUAUUAUUAUUCACAGAAUUAACUGUAAUUGUACAUAUAGUGUUACUCGUAAUGACAUGAAGAAAAGUAAGCAUAAAUAAAACUUUAUGUUAAUUUCAAAUAAUUUUAACAUUAAGAUCUUUUAGCUCUUUUUAUAAAAGGUAAUAUUCUAUGCAAUAUUGUAAUUUCUACGUAGUAGCGAAAUAUUAUAAUUUUGAAAGCUCUCGCAUACCAUUAGAACUCGCAAACAUUUUAUGUAUUAAUUUACGAUGGUAUAAUGCUGAUAUUUUUACGUGUAAACCGCUAGUUUCUUCAUAAUUAAAGAAACGAAAUAUAAUAAUACUAUAGGUGUAUAAAUUCCACUAAAAAAUAUGCUAUUGAGGUUUUUAAAAAUUCUUGCUUCAAUAAAAUUAAAAAUUUAAUUUAUCAAAAAAGUUUUGUUAAUUUUUUUAGUACAAUUGUCUCUGGGGCAAAAAAUGCUAGUUAAAAAAUGUGGAAAGCAUGCUUAAAGAGGUUGAGGAUAUUGUUUUUUGGUGGGUGUUCGAUUUUUCAUGACUUUUUAGU